AAUUUUAUUAAGUUUAAAGUGCAAUUUAAAUACAAUUAGUCAAAAUGUUGCGUGGACUUAUAGCAUAUAGAGGCUUGGCUGCACAAAAGCCAACUUUGAAGCUCAUUGCCUGCUAUUCAACAUCUGGAAAGCGGCAGCAGGGUAAGAUCUACGAGUCGGCUAAUGACGCUGUCGCGGAUGUUAAGGAUGGCUCCAAGAUACUGUUUGGUGGUUUUGGCAUUUGCGGCAUACCCGAGAAGAUGAUCGACGCAUUGAAACAAAAGGGCGUUAAGAACAUUACAGCAGUGUCCAACAAUGGAGGUGUUGACGACUGUGGUUUGGGUGUGUUGAUUAGACAAAAGCAAGUCGCCAAGGUAAUUGGCUCUUAUGUGGGCGAGAAUACGGAACUGGUGCGUCAGUAUUUGGCCGGCGAGCUGGCCGUGGAGCUAACUCCUCAGGGCACGUUGGCGGAGAAAAUUCGAGCAGGCGGCGCAGGCAUUCCGGCCUUCUAUACACCCACUGGCUAUGCCACGCUGGUGCAGGAGGGCGGCGCACCCAUUAAAUACUCUAACGACGGCAAGGUUAUCGAAUCGAGCGCCAAGAAGCCCGUGCAGUCAUUCAAUGGCCGCAACUAUGUCAUGGAGGAGUCUAUCUUUGCUGACUUUGCCUUUGUCAAGGCACAAAAGGCGGAUGCGCUGGGCAAUCUGGUGUUCAACAAAUCAGCGCGUAACUUUAAUGCGCCCAUGUGUCGUGCGGCCAAGAUAACUGUUGCUGAGGUGGAGGAAAUUGUGCCUGUGGGCGCACUGCAGCCGGAUGAGAUCCAUGUGCCUGGCAUCUAUGUUAAGCGCAUCUAUAAGGGCAGCAACUACAACAAGCGCGUGGAGCGUUUGCGUAUAACCGAGCCCAAGCAAGCGGGUCAAGCUGCUGCCGCUCCAAAUCCCGCGCAAGCUUUGCGUGAACGCAUUGCUCGCCGUGUCGCUUUGGAGUUCUGCGAUGGCAUGAACGCAAAUCUGGGCAUUGGCAUACCAGUGCUGUCCUCCAACUAUAUACCUCAAGGCAUGAGUGUCAUGCUGCAAUCAGAGAACGGCAUUUUGGGCUUGGGUCCAUUCCCCACCAAGGAUAAAGUUGAUCCGGAUUUGAUAAAUGCGGGCAAGGAGAGCGUUACUGUUGUACCUGGAGCUGCUUACUUUGGCUCCGAUGAAAGCUUUGCCAUGAUCAGAGGCGGUCAUGUGGAUUUGACCAUUCUGGGCGCCAUGGAAGUAUCGGCUACUGGUGAUCUGGCCAACUGGAUGAUACCUGGCAAGCUGGUUAAGGGCAUGGGCGGCGCUAUGGAUCUGGUCGCUGCACCUGGCACUAAGGUCAUCAUUACAAUGGAACACAAUGCGCGCGACGGUUCACCCAAGAUUUUGGAAAGCUGCUCACUGCCGCUGACAGGCAAGGAAGUCAUUGACUUGAUCAUUUCCGAGAAGGCCGUGUUCCAAGUCGAAAAGGGCGUGGGACUGACGCUGAUCGAGGUAGCCGAGGGCUACACUGUGGACGAUAUUGUAGCCUGCACUGGCGCCAAGUUUACAGUUUCACCCAAUGUCAAGCCAAUGGCUCAAAUACCCGUUUGAGGCUAAUGUAAACGGAAACUGUACGGGAAAUCGAGUGAUAUAAAUUGUGCAUUUAUUGUUAUUGAGCGCGUGUUACAAAUAUUAAAUUUGUAU